AUGAACGCUAAUCGAGAAAUUUUUCUACUCGCAUAUUCAAUUGUUGACUCCAAAAAUGCAGCCAGCUGGACUUGGUUCAUGACACUACUCGCCACACAUAUCUUCCCCAAUCAUGAGCCGCGGUGCAUCAUUUCGAAUAGGCAUGCUGGGAUCGAUGCGGCGUUCAGGGAUUUGUCUGCAUUACAUCCCCCACGAGUCCAACGUCGAUAUUGUCUUAGACACAUCCGGAGUAAUGUCAUGACCCGGAAUAGGAAUAGGAGACUGCGAGCAUUAAUCUGGGAAGCUGGUACUGCAACCACACGCGGAGAAUUUGGGAACAAAAUGGAGAGAAUAAGAGCUGAAUGGCCUGCAGCGUACAAUUAUCUAGCAACUUUUGACGCUGAAAAAUGGGCGUUGUCUCACGAUGGUGGUCACCGAUAUGGCAUUAUGACAACCAAUUCAUCCGAAUCGUUUAACAAUUCUCUUAAGGGUUGUCGUAUGUUGCUAGUGACUGCGCUUGCAAGACUCACUUUCCAUAAAAUAAGGGUAAUGUUCGCCGAUAGGAGAACAGCUGGCCAAAGGAUGCGGGAAGCAGGGUUGUGUUGGCCUAAGAAAGUUUUUGACGAGUUGGCACAACGAGAGCAACAGGCAUCCAAUGCAACCAUUGAGAGGUAUAAUGAUUCAACGGGAUUGUACGGGGUUGCUCUUGAAAGACGGCAUGCCACACAACGUCCACUGCGCUUUCAUAAAGUUUGUUUGAACAACUCUAGCUGCGAUUGUGGAAAGUGGAACGCCAACACCUCCUUACCUUGUGCACACAUCAUUGCAGCAAGACACUUUAAAAAAGUUACGUAUGACUCGUUUGUGCCAAAUGUUUUCUCCAUGGAACAUUAUAUGGCGAGUUAUGUAGCUGAUUUCUUUCCACCGUGCAAUGAAAUUCAAUGGAGGAGUGAGCGCAUUCUACUUCCACCGUCUUCUGCUAGACGAAAUUCACGUCCAGGCCAACGACGAACUCGUCGCUUUCAAAAUGAAAUGGACUUUGGGAAUACGACAGCAACACAACGAUGUAAUUAUUGUCGGGCACGAACUCAUGUUUCAAACCAGUGCCCGACGUUAAAUUAUCACUCGUAA